CUCGAGGUGUCGGUGGCGCGGAGAGCCAGUCGCGGAGUGAUCGAGAUUAACGGGCAGCGGAGAGGGGGGGGCUUUUCCCUUAUAGCGAAUGCACAUCGCUAAUUGUAGCUAAGCGGUGCGACACGGAAAUAAUCCCGGUUUUUCAUUUUUUAUUCGUUUUCAUUUUUGUUUUCUAAAUUUAAAUCUUCUUUACCGGUUGAACCCCGCUUCCCCCCUCCUCUACCCACCUCAGGCUGCACCACAACAGGCAACAAUCAGACCAAUGGCAAACCGAUGGCAGGCAAUGCAAACUAGCUUAGCCGGAGAAAGCUAGCCAGCGGAGGAAGAGCCACAAGAUUUGUCUCUCUGGAGGGGAAACGAAGAUCACCACCACCACCACAGGAGGAAAAAAACAGACGGAAAUCGAAGACAAGUGUCCCCGUAAUUGUACAUUUAUCUCAGCUUUUGGGGGGAUAAAAGAGAGAAAAAAGGCAGCGGCUAGCAAAGAAAACCGGGGACUAACUGUGUUAUUUCGGACUCGAGCUUUUUUACCUCAGCGACUGCAGCCGGGACUCGCCUCCUGAGCCAGGGAUCCGACCGAGGAUUUUCUUUCGUAGAGAAAAGAUCAUUUUGGGUUACUUUUUUAAAAAGUAUUAUUUUCAAAGCAAGAACAUUGAUAACCAGUCUCACCCGUGAGAGGGGUGUCGGUACCGGGGGGGAGGGGGGUCCCGAUUUUUCGGCCGGUUUUCCGCGGGGUUUCUGUGGAGGUUUAGGACGGAGGCGAGCAGAUCGAACGCCGCUACUAAUGGCUGCUGCUGCUGCCGCCGCUUCGGGAACCUGGGAACGAACCGCCGCCGCCUGAGGAGCUCCACACAAAAGCCUUUCCGAUGGUGAUCACUUCAUCCGUGGAGGAGAAGCCGCAGCCUUCUAACAGAAUGGUCGCCAACCUGUCGACCGACUCCUGGGUCGGCAACUCGGAUCAGAGUCGCUACGUACCACAGUCUCACCUGCUCCGGAAACCAUCCAAAAGUUCAGGAUGUAUGCCCCCCUCCUCGUCCCUGUGUUUCUCCCCCGCUGAGCGAAACAUGUCGAGCCAGCACACUCAUCCUGGAUUAAGCAACAUCCAGUCCAUGGCAGAACAGCAGCAGGUGCUGUCCGAUAUGACCAUUCUGCAGAGGAGGAUCCCCCCGAGUUUUAGAGACCCCGCGAGUGCGCCGCUCAGAAAACUCUCAGUCGAUCUCAUCAAGACUUACAAGCACAUCAAUGAGGUGUACUACACUAAGAAGAAGCGGCGUGCGCAGCAGGUUCCCCCCGAGGACUCCAGCACCAAGAAAGAGCGCAAAGUUUACAACGACGGCUACGAUGAUGACAACUACGACUACAUUGUGAAGAACGGGGAGAAGUGGCUCGACCGCUACGAAAUCGACUCUCUCAUCGGCAAGGGCUCCUUUGGACAGGUGGUGAAGGCGUACGAUCACCACGAGCAGGAGUGGGUGGCCAUCAAGAUCAUCAAGAAUAAGAAAGCCUUCCUGAACCAGGCGCAGAUCGAGCUCAGGCUCCUCGAGCUCAUGAACAAACACGACACAGAGAUGAAGUACUAUAUAGUCCACCUGAAGCGGCACUUCAUGUUCCGUAAUCACCUGUGUUUGGUGUUUGAGCUGCUCUCCUAUAACCUGUACGAUCUGCUGCGUAACACUAAUUUCCGUGGCGUGUCGCUCAACUUGACGCGGAAGUUCGCUCAGCAGCUGUGCACAGCGCUGCUCUUCUUAGCCACACCCGAGCUCAGCAUCAUCCACUGCGACCUGAAGCCUGAGAACAUCCUGCUGUGUAACCCCAAACGCAGCGCCAUCAAAAUCGUCGACUUCGGCAGCUCCUGUCAGCUCGGCCAGAGGAUCUAUCAGUACAUACAGAGUCGGUUCUACCGUUCUCCGGAGGUGUUAUUAGGAAUGCCAUAUGAUCUGGCCAUCGACAUGUGGAGUCUCGGCUGCAUCUUGGUGGAGAUGCACACGGGGGAGCCACUGUUCAGUGGCUCUAAUGAGGUGGAUCAGAUGAAUAAGAUUGUGGAGGUGCUUGGUGUUCCUCCGAACCACAUGCUGGAUCAGGCACCUAAAGCGCGUAAAUACUUCGAUAAGCUCUCAGACGGCCUGUGGACCGUCAAGAAGAACAAGGACAUAAAGAAGGUACUUUAUCCUUCAGCCUCUGAGUAUAAGCCUCCUGCAACGCGGCGUCUCCAUGAGAUUUUGGGCGUGGAGACCGGGGGUCCCGGGGGAAGGCGGGCUGGGGAGCAAGGCCAUGCUCCUUGCGAUUACCUGAAGUUUAAGGACCUGAUCCUGCGCAUGCUGGACUAUGACCCCAAAACACGCAUCACGCCGUUCUAUGCCCUGCAGCACAACUUCUUCAAAAAGACCACAGACGAGGGAACAAACACCAGCAGCUCCACCUCCACCAGCCCGGCCAUGGACCACAGCCACUCCACCUCCACCACCAGCUCCGUGUCCAGCUCCGGUGGAUCCAGCGGUUCUUCCAAUGACAACCGAAACUAUCGGUACAGCAACCGAUACUACAACAGCGCCGUUACACACACGGAUUACGAGAUGCAGAGCCCACAGGCUCCGUCUCAGCAGCAGUUGCGUAUCUGGCCAGGCAGUGACAGCAGUGACUCGUCAUACCCGCAGCUCCUGCUGCACAAACCGGCCGCUACACAGCAGCGCCACUUCCUGGGCGGAGCGGCCAUGAUGGAGACGUUGCACCCGCACCCCGUCUACGGCCGCCAGCUUCGCCAGCAGGGACCGGCCCAGGGUCAAGGGUCGCAAGUUCAAGGCUCGCAAGGCCAAGGCUCGCAAGGUCAGGCGAUGAUGUCAUCGCCGCCGCCGUCGUCGCAAGUACAGGACAGCAUUGAGCUGAGUCUCGGCGGCCAUCAUCAGCAUCACCACCAUCACCAAUUGGCUCAGUCUUCCUUGGCUCCGCCCCUUUCUCUUCCUCCGUCGAGCCUGGACUCCAGCCAGUACGGCUCCUCCAACCUCCACCUGGGAAUCUCCGCCUUUCGGACUAGAACGGCCUCUCAGACGCAGCAGAUCGCACAAGCCCCGCCCACUCAGGACAGCAUGGGCUACGUCCCGCCCUGUUACCCCGGAAACAACAAUAACAACCCACCACAGGGAGGCGGGGUAAUCACUGGAGCACCGCCCAGAGGCGGGGUUAGACCCGAUUCGUCGGAGGAUUCCAUCAUGAUGGGAGGCGGGGGGGGCGGAGGCGGGCAGAGCGCGGCCAACUCUUGAUAAAUCUUGAACAAAUUACGCAAAGCCAUACACGAAAAAAUUGAAAAAACAAAAAAAUUUUAACGUAAAUGAUUUAACAAAAACAAAAAUACACAGACAUGUAGUACACACACACACACACACACUCAAAAACACCACACAGAGAAAAAAACUUGUGAAAAUUUUAAUUUUUGUUUUGUUUUUGUUUUGCAUGGGGAGGAGAAGAGGGAGAAGGAAAUAACAUUGUUCAGUUUUUUUUUUGAAUGAAGUGAGUAGAGGGAUAAGUUAAGCCGUCAGAGAGCGUCAGAAGGUUUGUUUUUAUUACUAUUAUCAAUUAUUAUUACUAUUAUUAUUAUUAUUAUUAUUAUUAUUAUUAUUGGAUUUUAUGUGAUUUAAGGAUAGGUUUGCAGCGAGAGAUUUAUUAUUUUUUUGUUGAAACUUUUGUUGUGUUUUGUUUCCGAGGCACGGAACAUUGACGAGCAUCGGAUUGGAGCGAUGAAUGUUAGAGAGAAGCAGCGAGAGAGAGAGAGAGAGAGAGAGAGAUGAAGAAGCAGCACCAUGCGUCGGCACGUGUCGAUUAUGGGUUAUACGAUAUAUCGCAAUAUUCAACUAGCAUGAUAUUGUUAUGGUAGCCGUUUCAUAGCAGGCAGCAGAGAUGAAGUCUGUUGUUUUUUUGUAAAUGUAGCAGAAACUCAGUUGUCUAUAAAGGGUCCUGACCCGGGACUCGUCCUGAAGCGGUGCCUCUGCUGCCUGCCUGGUAGCUCUUCAUGUAAAAUAGCUAUCUUUGAAAUUGUAGAAACACUUUUAACCUUUUUAACACAAAGCCUAAAACAAACUUCAGCUUUAAAUAUGAUGUGAAAUACUUUAAAUACGUGAUAAAAAUAUCGUGAGUGUGAUUAAAAUAAUUGGGCAGUUUUUUUUUCUACGAGUCCUAGCAGGAAUGUUUUAUCAGUUUUCACUGUUUCUGUGCUGUCGUGCCACGAUAUCUGGGAGACUGAACACUAAUAUCGCAAUAUAUCGUAUGACUCUCGUAUCGACACACACACACACACACACACACACACAUCUAGGUGGAGGUGACAGCUAUAAUUCACAUCCUCUCCAGCGAGUGUGUAAGAGAGAAGGAAGGAUCAGUAUGAUUUAUCUUCUUGUUGUUUUUCUGAAGUCUAGCGGUGAGUGUAUAUUGUUUAUAAAUUAAUUUAUUAAGAGUCACUACAGAGAGAGAGAGAGAGAGAUAGAGAGAUGGAAGGAUCAGGGAGUGAGAAAGACAAGGUGGGUGUGGUGUUUUGUUUUUUAAUUUAUUUGAUGUGUUAUUUAUUAUUUUGUCAGACAGGUGACACACACACACACGCACACACACUUUUGUUACUUUUUUUUUUCGAUCUCGUUGGCUGACACUGGCUUCUCUGAUCUCAAACUCUGAAACAAAUAAAAUGAAGCAAAUGACAGAAACCGUAGUCACACACACACACACACACACACACAGGAGGAAGUGAUACAGCAACAAAAACAAGAAAACCAUGAUAAAGCGCUCGGCCACACAGAAAAACCAAAAUGCUUCCCUGUUUGUUUCUUUUUUUUUUGUUUAUU